AUGGCGGAUCUGAAAGUCGACCUCACUGCUCCCAAUGGCAAGAAGAUCACUCUGCCUACGGGCCUGUUCAUCAACAAUGAGUUUGUGAAGUCAAGCUCGGGUGACAAAAUCACCAGCAUCAACCCCACAGAUGAAUCGGAGAUCUGCUCCGUCGAGGCUGCCUCUGCCGACGACAUUGACAAGGCUGUGAAAGCUGCCCGGGCCGCCUUCAACGACCCUUCCUGGCGCGACCUCCCCGCCACCGACCGUGGUGCUCUGAUGUACAAAUUCGCAGAUCUCUUGGAGGCCCACAGAGAGACGCUUGCGACGCUGGAGACAUGGGACAACGGUAAACCGUACAGUGUGGCAUUCAAUGAUGAUAUGGGAGAGGUCAUCGGUACACUCAAAUACUAUGCUGGGUGGGCAGACAAGAUUCACGGAGAGACCAUCCCGAGCACCGCCCAGAAAUUCGCAUACACCCUCAAGCAACCCAUUGGUGUUUGUGCUCAGAUCAUUCCUUGGAACUAUCCUCUCGCGAUGGCUGCAUGGAAGCUGGGCCCAGCCCUUGCUUGCGGCAACACCAUCGUUCUCAAGCCUGCCGAACAGACCCCUGUCUCAAUCCUCUACCUUGCCUCCCUCAUCCCAGAGGUCUUCCCUCCUGGUGUGAUCAACAUCGUCAACGGCCAUGGUAGAGUAGCCGGCCACGCCCUGGCCGCCCACAUGGACGUGGACAAGAUCGCCUUUACAGGAAGCACCUUCACUGGCAAACAAAUCAUGAAGACAGCCAGCAUCAACAUGAAAAACAUCACCCUGGAAACUGGCGGCAAGUCCCCGCUGCUGGUCUUCGACGACGCCGAUCUCGAGCAAGCGGCCAAAUGGGCACACAUCGGUAUCAUGUCCAACCAAGGCCAGAUUUGCACAGCCACGUCCCGUGUCAUUGUUCAAGAAGGUAUUUACGACAAAUUCGUCGAGAUCUUCAAAAAGGUGGUCCAGGAGACCUCCAAGGUCGGCGACCCUUUCCACGACGACACCUUCCAAGGACCCCAGGUCACCAAAGCCCAAUACGAGCGAGUCCUGAGCUACAUUGAAAGUGGCAAGUCUGAAGGCGCCACCUUGGUCUCCGGCGGUGUCCCGCACAAGAACGUCGGCGAUGGUAAGGGCUUCUUCGUCGAGCCUACCAUCUUCACGCAGGUCAAGGAGGACAUGAAGAUCUACCGCGAGGAAAUUUUUGGCCCGUUCGUGGUGGUUGCCUCCUUCAAAGACGAAGCCGAAGCCAUCCACAUGGCCAAUGACACAACCUACGGUCUAGGUAGUGCCGUGUUCACGUCCAACAUUGAGCGGGCCCACCGUGUGGCCGCGCGCAUCGAGGCUGGAAUGGUAUGGAUCAACAGCUCCAACGACUCCGACUUCCGGAUACCGUUCGGAGGUGUCAAGCAGAGUGGUAUCGGUCGGGAGUUGGGUGAGGCCGGUCUUGCAGCAUACUCGCAGACAAAGGCAGUGCAUGUCAACUUGGGCCUCAGACUGUAA